CAACCUGAGCCCGGAGUGUCUUUACUCGGGUUGGAGGUGGUGUGUGUGGCCGGUUUUUCUCCUGUAUUUAUUGAAGGACUCCGGGAUCUUGGAUCUGCGCUGAAGAGUAUCUGACACUUGUGCCCAUGCUCCAUUUCCACACCUCAGCUGCCAAUAACCACUCAAGAGGAAGAAGAUGAUUUUCACAGGUGGUUCAAUCCUGUCGCCACAAAGAUCGUGCAAAAACCUCUCGAAGAUGUGUCUUCAAAUCUGCUUAUGGCUUUUUUUGGCGCUCACUUCGAUAGUUGACACUCUGGACUACAAAAACAUCAUAUCUCCCCUUGGCCAGCAGGUCAUUCUGCCAUGUAAUGCUCCUGGAAAUAUGGUAGUCCUCGCCAUGCAGUGGUCCAGACGUGGCCUGGAAGAAUACGUGCUGAACUAUCGUGAUGACCAACUUGAUCCAGAGGGCCAAGAUCCGUCUUAUACGGGCCGGGUAAACCUGACCAACACACAGAAUGGAAAUUUCUCAAUGAUACUGAUGAACAUGAUGACUGCUGACAUUGGAACAUACGAGUGUGUAGCCUUCCAGAGAAGACCAGGGAUGGACUAUGAAAUCCUCAGCAUCAUAAACCUGAAUGUCAGUCAGUCAGAUGAAGUCAGCAGUGGCGCAGCUACAGGAAGAAACCAUCUCAUUGUGUCACUGUCAGUUAUUGCAGGGAUCAUUCUGGUGGCUGGUAUUCUCUAUAUCUAUAUUAGGUACCAAACAAACAUUGGAUCCUCACCUUCCCCCCAAUAUGAAAUGACAUCAACAUCUCAGCAUGUCUAAAUUAGAAAGACCCUCAAAUUUAUUCCAAACAUCUAAAACUUAAAAUGACAGUUAAAAGCUGGAGUCGGGCUUGUAGUAAAAAGCACAGAGAAGUUAAUUAGAGUAGAAUAAUAGAAGCUCGGAUCCAUUUACCGUUUAACCUACAUUAAGCAAAUUCAGAUUGUGGUUUGGCUCUGAACCACUUCGAUUUGUGCCUUUGUCAUAUGUUUCCUAAUGCUGGCUGUAUAUAUAUCACGUGAUAGAUUGGCUGGGAUUUUUAAGAGAUUUCUAUGUACUAUUUACCACUAAGAGCGCUGUGGAGCCCAUCGAGAAUGAAACUUUAACUUUGGUUAAAAAAAAAUUACCGAAAGAAUUUAUAUUUCAUAACAAAGUCAACAGAGCAAACAUUAUGGCGCGCAACAAGUUCAUGCACCAAAUUUGGAACGAGUCCAAAUUAAGUUUCUUUCAAAGCUUUACUUCACAAUAUGAACCUUAACAAGUCAUACACUUAAUGUGUAAACCUUAUGCAAAAGUAUUUAUUAUAAUGCACUGAAACUUUUUAUUUAU